AUGGAUUCUUCACAAUUCCGCGAAGCGGCCAAAGGAGCCAUUGACGAGAUCGCAACCUACUACGACACCCUCGAGGAACGCCCCGUGCUCCCCUCCGUCAAACCAGGCUACCUGCGCCCGCUACUCCCCGCCUCCACCCCCGAAGAAGGCGAAGCAUGGGAGACGAUCCAAGCAGACAUCGACCGCGUCAUCAUGCCAGGUCUAACUCACUGGCAAAGCCCCAAAUUCAUGGCUUUCUUCCCGUGCAACUCGUCCUUCGAAGCCAUGAUAGGCGACAUGUACAGUGGAGCCUUCAACGCCGCAGCCUUCAACUGGAUCUGCUCGCCCGCGAUUACAGAGCUAGAAACCGUUGUCAUGGACUGGAUCGCCAAGCUCAUCGCAUUACCGAACGACUUCCUCAGUGACGGUGAGGGCGGAGGCAUCAUCCAAGGCACCGCCAGUGAAGUCGUACUAACCGCCCUUGUUGCCGCCCGCGAACGCCUCAUCCGCCGUAAACUAGGCGACAUGCCUGAAGGCGAAGAGAGAAUGGACAAGGCAGCCGAUAUCCGGGGUAAGCUCGUGGCGCUGGGCUCCGAACACGCGCAUUCGAGUACGCAGAAAGCGGCUGUUAUCGCAGGAACCAGAUACCGCAGUGUCCCCGCAUCCAAGGAAUCAAACUACAGCGUCACGGCCUCUGCGUUGCGUAAAACCAUCGAAGAGUGCCGUGCGAAAGGGCUGGAACCGUUUUACUUCACCGUCACGAUUGGCAGCACGGGAACGUGCGCUACCGACGACUUGGAAGGCAUUGCGGCGCUUGCGAAAGAGUUUCCUGACCUGUGGAUCCAUGUCGAUGCCGCGUAUGCGGGAUCUGCGCUCGUGUGUCCCGAGUAUCAACACUUGUGCAAGCCGAUUGCGGCGUUUGACUCGUUCAACUUCAAUCUGCACAAGUGGCUGUUGGUCAACUUUGAUUGCUCGGCUUUUUUUGUUAAGAAGAGGAGGGAUUUGAUGGAUACGUAUAGUAUUACGCCUAGUUACCUGCGUAACCCUCACUCCGAACAAGGCCUCGUUACGGACUACAGGGAUUGGCAGAUCCCGCUCGGUCGGAGGUUUAGGAGCUUGAAGGUUUGGUUUGUGUUGAGGAGUUAUGGGGUUAAUGGUCUGAGACAGUUCAUCAGGAAGCACAUCAAGUUGGGAGAGUACUUCCAUGAGCUCUUGCUGUCGAAGCCGGAGUUGUUCAGCGUAACUACCGAGCCGGCGUUUGGACUCGUCACUUUCCAGGUUAAGCCAAACAUGGCUUCGGGGGCGGCGAAGGCGGCGAAUCAGGCUGACCCGUCGCACGAGGCACUGCAGAACGACUUCCACACGGAUGCUGAGGCGCAGUACAAGGAGAUGGUCAAUCAGAAGACGAAGGAGGUUUACGAGAAGAUCAACAGCAAGGGCGAUUUCUUCCUGACAAGCACGGUUGUGGGUGGACUGUAUGUUAUCAGAGUGGUCAGUGCGACGAUCAAGAGUGAGGAGAAGUGGAUGAAGCAGAUAUUUGAUGAGUUGGUGGAGGCUGCGGAUGGCAAGGGCGAUGUAAAGGUAGCUUGA